CAUGGCUGUUGUUGUUGUGCACUAGUUCUACUUUUUAGUCUUGUCGCAGUCGUGGUAGUGGCAGUGGUUUUAGGCCUUAAGUUUGGGAGGACACUCUCCGACUCUGAUUCUGCCAAAGUGACCUUGACCAACGCUACCACUGCGGUGUCGUCUAACUCUAACUCUAACAGUACCACGACAUCCUUAAUACCAACGAUCACACCUACAGAGGAAUUGGAUUCUACCCAAGUCACCUUGGUCAGCAGUUCUACGAAGAUGUUGACCAAAAGUUCCAUGAUGUCCACUGCAGAAUCAUUGACCACACCCAGCAAUGAUAAGGACUGCGGCAGCCGCAAUUCAUCCUGCGUUGAAUGCAUUGGAAAUAUAAAGUGCUACUACUGCCACAAUGACAACACCUGCCGUCUGUACCCGGCCUCGGCGGUUCUACCCACGGCAGAGUGUCCGCUGUCACAGGUGCGGUGGGGGGCUACUUGUGACGUGAGUUUUGAGGUGCUCGUGAUCGCUGUGUCUGUGGUCGGCGCAGUUAUCGUGCUGGCCCUGUGCUGUUGUUGCUGCUGCUGCUACUGUCGAAAGUCACAGAAGGGUGGCUGCGGUGGCCUGCGUUGCUGUUCCUGCCGGAGCUGUUGUCGGAGCAGUGGAAGCGGUCGCCAUACUUGGAGGGAUUUCAAAUGGUCACGAGACAACCGCAGUAACCAGAUGAACCCCAACAACUGGCGCUUCUGGAAGGCCCGUGAAAUUGUUUGAAUGGAGACGUCGUUUGGUUUCGAAAUAGUUGAGCUUUUGCUGGUAUUUCUGGACGUCAUUCCCGCUCUUUUCCACAAUAAACCAUGUAUCAAGAAGGUUGUUAUGAAAUGUACAAAAGAAUCAAAGCCUUAUGAAAGCAACAUGUCAAUAUGUACGACCGUAUAAGUGAUAAAUAGUGAAAUAUUAUCGAAAACAAAGCCGGAUGUUGUUUUUUUUUCAAUACAAAUCACCUCAACUCAAACCUCGGCAAGUUAUCAGAGUUGCGUAGCUAUCAGCCACCUACGCGAGGAAAAAAACGUCCGGCGUUUGUUUGUUUGUUUCUUUAUUUAGCUCUCUAUUAGACUUUACAAUUGCAAACUCUAUUCUUCCUGUAAGGAGGCGAGGGAAAAGGGAGAGAUGUUGGAGAGGUUCGGAAACAAAUUCGUUGGUGACAUUCUAAAUAUCAUAUAAUGAAUUUUGAAAAUCUUUAGUUUGAUUUUGAGAAUACCCUUGCGUGAUUGAAAUUGAAAUUGAAGAUAUUAAAGGUAUCUAAGAAAAUAGGCAUUUUGGUUGUCGUAAGGUUGCCACUGUAUUAAAGAUUGUUUCACGAACCUGUGUAUUUUCUGCAUAUGAAGUAUGUUACGGUGUACAAUGUACCUUUAAGUAUGUGAAUAUUUUGAAAAAUACCUCAAGUUCUUGUAAGACGUACCAAAUUGAUAUCUAUGCUGCACAUGUACAAGCAUUAAAAGCUUUGCAGUUUUGAAAUAUGAAAGAGAAUAUCAUCUUUGAUAAGUAAGUAAACUAAUGACCUGAAGCAAGGGCCAAAAUAAAAGGCCAGAUCACUGUUGUAAAUGAGAACACAGAUAUGAAUACAAUCAUGUUAUGACUUAUAAUAUAACAUGUAUAUUUUGCCGUCAGAAAGAUUACUCCCUACAUAGUAACGUCUUCGAAUACCGAAAAGCCUUAUCACGUUCUAUUUCAAUAAAAAAUGAUGACGAUCCCUCAA